AUGUAUAACGUGCCGCCGAGUCGACCAUCGCCUGCGGUGAUGUUGAUCGCCAGUUACAAAGGAGGGUCCACCUUCUGUGGUGAACUUUUUAACCAGAAUCCAGAUAUGUGUUACUUUUUCGAACCAUUGUUUGACACACAAGAUAAGCCAACGUGGAAUUCCAGUAUCAAAGCCACGUCAACUUUAAAAGAACUGUAUAACUGCAGGUUUCCAGAUUACUACCUAGAUAUGAUUAAAAACUUUUCACUAACGAAAUCGAAAAGCAAUUGUUUCAAAAAAGUGUGUCAUCGUGGUUUCAGCUGCCAAAGAACUGUAUUGUCAGAGUUUGUGCAAGGUUGUGGGAAUUAUAAGUACAUAGCAAUGAAAGUAUUACGUUUACAAUCACUAGAGGUGUUAAAACCAUUGGUAUUGGAAGAGAAAAUUGAUUUGAAGAUUAUUCACCUCAUCCGUGAUCCAAGAGGAAUUGCUUGCUCCAGAACAUGUCAAGGCUUCUGGGACGUUCGGCGACGAGAAAUAAUUGAGAAGCAAAGCGAUCUGUUGAAAUCUGUUGCACAUGAUUGUAAACAGGUAUUUAACAUGGUAUUAUAUGCUAAAAGUAUGCCUACAUGGUUACAAGAUCGUUAUAAAAUUGUUAGAUACGAGGACCUUGCAUCCGAUCCAAUCACUAUAGCUGAAGAUAUUUAUAAAUUUCUGCACAUGGAUACACCAUAUGAAGUGACAUCCUGGAUAGAAGAAAACACAAAACACGAGGAACAAAAUGAAGGACGUUUAAAGAGAAGUCGUAACUCAUCAGCCACUGCCGAAUCGUGGAGGAAUGUACUUAGCUAUCAAGAAGCUAAAUUUAUUCAAUCCGUGUGUACUGAUAUUAUUGAGGUAAUGGAUUAUAAAAUGUUGAGUUCAGAGACCCAAUUACAAAAUCUCUCAUACAGACUAUUUUAA